CAAAUCUGAUAGGAGAGGUCAGUGGACCAUGGGAGAAAAGGAAGGGGACCAAAAGGAGGUGAGAAGGGGUGAGGGAGGAAUGGGAAAAGAGAGAAAGUGAAUAGGGAGAAAUUACGUCAAGUUAGAGAAAUCAAUGACUGAAGGCUCCCCAGAAGGAAUACAAGAUGCUGCUUCUGCAAGCUGAGGGUGACCUCCUCGUGGCAGUGGAGGAGGCCAUCAAAAUCAAAUUGAAAUGGACGGCUACUGGAAAACUGGGGAUUGAACAAAACCCUGCUGACUGGAGAGGGGAAUAAGAUCCCAGUCACUGGCCUGCAAGAGAGAAGAGGAGGAGAGGACAGAGCGGCGGGGGGAGGGGGGGUAUUGGUCCCAGCUACACAAGAAACAGACCAUUCUCAAAAGGUUUAAACCCAUCCUUUUUUACAUCACAGGUGUAUAUAGAGAAAAGGCUGUAUUUUUACACUCUCUGAUCUUUCGUUUUGCAUUACUUGGGCAUUAAUCAUCGGGAUCGCGUCCUCUCCUCUCCCUCCAGAGUCGACAUGCAGCCAGGUUUUCUCCAGGUGGUAGCUGCAGAGGUGGAGGUGGACACAGGUUUCAACAUGCAUUUCUGCAUCAGCUUGACUUUAAUUUUGCUCCACUGCCUCACUGCGGUUAUGCCAAAGGACAGGAAUAAAGACCAAGGGUCUAAAAGGAUCAGCCCAUUUAUUAUUGCACCUUUGACAGGAACGCUUACUGCCAAGAUUGGGGAGCCUCUGGAGCUGCCGUGUAAAGCCAAUAUUGGGAGAUGGAAACGCUUCACCAUCAUAUACUGGCUGGCAAACAACCAGUUUAUUGAGGACAGGUACACAGAUGGCAGAGUGACAGAAGGAAAGGAAAGAACUCAGACUAAAAAUAGAACGACACUUCUCAGGAAGAAUCUGAUGUUCACACAGACGAAACAGGAAGAUUUCAAGGUCACUUUCACGUGUGUGGUGCUGAAUCCAGUUGGAACCUUGGUGAAAAACAUCACUUUAGUGGACACGAUGGAAGUCAGUGGCUCAUCCACGUUGAAACCAAAUGCAUAAUCCCAGGAACGAUGUGAGGAUCCUGCGCUAAACCAAGGCUAAACUCACCUUCGGACAGCUGCACUCUGCAUGAAGAGCAAUAGCGGAAGUUUCUGGAACUAGUAAACCUCAAGACAUCCGUCAACCGUUAACUGUCUUGUGAUUGGGCCAGGGUUAAGUCAGUGGCUUGAUAGACCUGUUCCUGAUUUAACCCUAGCCUAAUCACAGGACCUACCAAUUUACAAUAACCAAUUAACCUACCAGGUGUGUCUUUGGACUGUGGGAGGAAGCUGGAGAACGUACAAACUCGUUGCAGGCAGCAGAGGUAAUUGAACCCAGGUCACUGGUAAAGUGUUGUACCGUUCCUGCCCAGCUGAGUUCCUGCAGCAUUGUGAGUGUGUUGUUCUGAUUUGCUUUCAGGUGGAAGGCUGCAUUAUUCUAACUCUGGGCAUCUUGGUUAACAAUUCUCUCUCUGCUUUGUGGACCUUGCUCUGUACCUUUUGACUCUUGCUUCCUACAUUACAAUAGCCUAAACAAACGAGAUUCUGCAGAUGCUGGUAAUUUGUUCCUCCCCCACCAGAGAUGCUGCUUGACUUACUGAGUUCCUCCAAGUAUUGUGUGUGCGUGCGUUAGUGUGUUACAAUAAUGUCUAUGCUGACUUCUUCAAGAGCACUUUGGGACAGCAGCCUUUAUAGAGAUAAAGUGUUUCAUGACGAUGAAACUUAUACAAUACAAACACGUGAUAUGUGCAGUCCGACCUGGAGCCUUUAUCUUUAUCAAUUUCUUCCGACAUUCGAAAGGCAUAUGGUUUAGUAGGUUAAUUGGUUACUUAGGUUGUAAUUGGUGUUACCUUGCUGUAUCUCUAAAAAAAUAUAAAAUAUUUAUGCUGUGAUUGUAAAUCUAAGAUACACACCUGGCGAUGUCAAUAAAGAUUCAUUUGCUUCA